AUGUUUGAGAAGAUGGAAGCGAAUUCCAAGUCUUCUCAGAGUGCUCAUAAGCCUGGCGAUGCUGCGCAGGAUCGUUUGGGGUCGUCCUAUGAGGAUACGACGAACACGAACGUGUAUAUCGGCAAUCUUCCCCACAGCAUAACGGAAGAUUCGCUGUUUUCCCUCUGCGCAUAUUAUGGCUAUGUGAAGCACGUAGCGAUCAAGUAUGGAAAUCCGACGAACAUUUAUGGGUUCGUGUGCAUGAACAGUCACCACGAAGCGGAGCGACUGAUCGAUUAUCUGCAGAACUACAUGCUGGACGGGAAUUAUCUGCGAGCGACUUGGGGACGAUCGGGAGUAACGCAGGGAGUGGUUCCCCACGUUCCUCCGUCAAAGAAUCCCAUCCCCGUCGUGGCUCCUGAGAUGCCCGUCAAAGUCCUCAUUCAGAAUAUCGCGGUGCUGGUGCACAAUCGCGGCUUUGAAUUCGAGUUGAUGCUGAAACAGCGAGUUCCGAAGACAGAUCCGAAUUGGUCGUUUUUGCUGAUGGACGGCUCGCCCAACAAUAUUUUCUAUCGCUGGUGCUUGCUGGUUCUCGGAAACAACGAGACGUUCUCCUCGUACUCGCUCCUUCCGUUCAGUUUCUUCGCAAAUGACGCGUGGUAUCUGCCUCCUCCCGUGUACGACGAGCGAGCCGAGAAGCAGCGGCUCGAUUCGAAAAUGGAGUCCCUGAAUCGAUUGAAGCGUCUGAAUGAGGACAAGGACGAGAACGAGAACGAGGAAGGAGAGAGGCCUGCGAAGCGUCGGAAGAUGGAGGAUGGAAGCAAUCUGAUGCUGGAGUCGGUCUCGAUUCGGCUGGAGUCUUCCCUUUUCGAUUGGCUGUGCUCAGCGCUUCGCUCGAUCACGCCGCAGCGCAUGAGCAUUUUGCGCGUGAUGGCGUUUUGCAUGGACAAUUCGGCCUACGCAGAGCACAUUGUGUGCAUCUUGCGCGACAGUAUUUGCGACAAUGUUCCCUAUUUGGAGUUGGGGCAGAAAGAGAAUGACUGCGGUCCUGUCGUUCGGAUGGCUCGGCUUUAUGUGGUGAACGAUUUGCUGUAUAACGCUGAUAACGGAGUCACCACUUCCUAUCGAAUUCUAAUCCAGGUGAUUGUUCGUCUGACGAUUAAGCAUGCAGAACGAACUUCCUUUGAUGAUCGAGGCUAUUUCGCGCGCAGUGCAUUCCUGCAAAUCCCAGAUAGAGAAGAAGGAGAUCCGAAUCCGAGUGAUUGA